AUGUGGACUUUUAAGUGGAUUUUGAUGUUUUUGCUGUUUCCAAACUACGAAUGUUUUGUACAGCAUUUUGAAGCUAAUCCAGAAGCAAAGCGACUUUACGAUGAUUUAUUGAGCAACUACAAUCGUUUGAUUAGACCAGUGCAAAAUAAUACGGAAACACUGACAGUUUGGUUGGGUCUGAAAAUUACACGAAUCAUUGAAGUUUCUCUAAGAAAUCAAGUCAUGACAACGAACUUAUGGGUAAUGCAGAAGUGGUACGAUUAUAAGCUCAAAUGGGAUCCAGAAGAAUAUGGAGGUGUUGAAAUGCUUUAUGUUCCAUCUGAACAACUGUGGCUACCUGAUAUUGUUUUGUUCAAUAAUUGGGAUGGAAAUUAUGAAGUUACGGCAAUGACCAAAGCCACGUUGAAAUAUACUGGCGAAGUGUUUUGGGAGCCACCAGCUAUUUAUAAAAGUUCUUGUGAAAUGAAUGUCGAAUAUUUUCCGUACGACGAACAAAGUUGCUUCAUGAAAUUUGGAAGUUGGACUUACAAUGGCGCUCAAGUUGAUUUAAAACAUUUGGAUCAAGUUCCUGGAUCAAAUCUUGUUAUGAUUGGCAUCGAUUUAUCCGAAUUCUACUUAUCCGUUGAAUGGGAUGUUCUGGAAGUUCCUGCAAGUCGAAAUGAAGAAUAUUAUCCGUGUUGUCCUGAACCUUUUUCUGACAUCACCUUCAAGUUAACAAUGAGACGAAAGACGCUUUUUUACACUGUAAAUCUUAUAAUACCUUGUGUGGGUAUUACGUUCUUAACAGUUCUUGUGUUUUAUUUACCAUCUGACUCCGGUGAAAAGGUUACGCUUUGCAUCUCUAUUCUUGUAUCGUUGACGGUGUUCUUCCUUCUUCUCGCCGAAAUUAUUCCACCUACGUCACUCGCUGUUCCAUUGCUUGGAAAAUAUUUGCUCUUCACGAUGAUACUUGUGUCACUCUCUGUGUGGACGACAGUUUGUGUAUUGAAUGUCCACUUCAGAUCAUCAUCGACUCAUGUUAUGUCACCGUUGGUCAAGAAAAUUUUUCUUCAAUUUAUGCCACGAGUGUUGAUGAUGCGUCGCACCAAAUACACGCUUCCAGAUUAUGACGAUGUCAUUCAUUCAAAUGAAAUUGAUAUGAGUCAUAAUGUGGCUGUUCAACAUAUCGAAGCCAAUCCAGAUGCAAAGCGUCUUUAUGAUGAUUUGUUGAGUAACUAUAAUCGUCUGAUUCGUCCGGUUGUUAAUAAUACGGAAACCUUAACCGUUUGGUUAGGCUUAAAAAUUACACAAAUCAUUGAAGUUUCUUUAAGAAAUCAGGUCAUGACAACGAAUUUAUGGGUUAAGCAGAAGUGGUAUGAUUAUAAACUCAAAUGGGAUCCAGAAGAAUAUGGAGGUGUUGAAAUGCUUUAUGUUCCUUCUGAACAAAUUUGGCUUCCAGACGUUGUUUUGUUUAAUAAUUGGGAUGGAAAUUAUGAGGUAACAUUGAUGACAAAAGCCACAUUGAAAUAUACUGGCGAAGUGUUUUGGGAGCCACCAGCAAUUUAUAAAAGUUCUUGUGAAAUGAAUGUCGAAUAUUUUCCGUACGACGAACAAAGUUGCUUCAUGAAAUUUGGAAGUUGGACUUACAACGGCGCUCAAGUUGAUUUGAAACAUUUGGAUCAAGUUCCUGGAUCGAAUAUUGUCAUGAUGGGCAUCGAUUUAUCCGAAUUCUACUUAUCCGUUGAAUGGGAUGUUCUGGAAGUUCCUGCAAGUCGAAAUGAAGAAUAUUAUCCGUGUUGUCCUGAACCUUUUUCUGACAUCACUUUCAAGCUAACAAUGAGACGAAAGACAUUAUCUUACACUGUAAAUCUUAUAAUACCUUGUGUUGGUAUUACAUUCCUGACAGUUCUUGUGUUUUAUUUACCAUCUGAUUCCGGUGAAAAGAUUACGCUUUGCAUCUCUAUUCUUGUAUCGUUGACGGUGUUCUUCCUUCUUCUCGCCGAAAUUAUUCCACCUACAUCGGAAGAGCGUCGUGNAUAUACUGGCGAAGUGUUUUGGGAGCCACCAGCUAUUUAUAAAAGUUCUUGUGAAAUGAAUGUCGAAUAUUUUCCGUACGACGAACAAAGUUGCUUCAUGAAAUUUGGAAGUUGGACUUACAAUGGCGCUCAAGUUGAUUUAAAACAUUUGGAUCAAGUUCCUGGAUCAAAUCUUGUUAUGAUUGGCAUCGAUUUAUCCGAAUUCUACUUAUCCGUUGAAUGGGAUGUUCUGGAAGUUCCUGCAAGUCGAAAUGAAGAAUAUUAUCCGUGUUGUCCUGAACCUUUUUCUGACAUCACCUUCAAGUUAACAAUGAGACGAAAGACGCUUUUUUACACUGUAAAUCUUAUAAUACCUUGUGUGGGUAUUACGUUCUUAACAGUUCUUGUGUUUUAUUUACCAUCUGACUCCGGUGAAAAGGUUACGCUUUGCAUCUCUAUUCUUGUAUCGUUGACGGUGUUCUUCCUUCUUCUCGCCGAAAUUAUUCCACCUACGUCACUCGCUGUUCCAUUGCUUGGAAAAUAUUUGCUCUUCACGAUGAUACUUGUGUCACUCUCUGUGUGGACGACAGUUUGUGUAUUGAAUGUCCACUUCAGAUCAUCAUCGACUCAUGUUAUGUCACCGUUGGUCAAGAAGAUUUUUCUUCAAUUUAUGCCACGAGUGUUGAUGAUGCGUCGCACCAAAUACACGCUUCCAGAUUAUGACGAUGUCAUUCAUACAAAUGAAAUUGAUAUGAGAGAUCAUUACAGAGAUAGCAUCACUGAAUAUCCAAACGAGUACAAGGAUAAUCAUGAAGGCUACGAAAAUUUGGCACAUUCCAAUCAACACCAUCAACAAGGCAAGUGA